CCCGGUGAGUGGAGCGGUCCUGGCUCUCUGUCCCCGCCACUGCUAUGUGGGGUGGUGCUCAACUUCCGGGCGCCCAGGCGCGAGUGUUUGCGCUUCCUCACUGCCUUGUCUUGAGGACAACGAUGCCAAAGAAAGUGAAGCCUGCAGGGGCUGGGAAGGAAGAGGGGCCUGUUCCCUGUAAGCAGGUGAAGGUGGAGCCAGCUGGUGGGCCUUCCCCUUUGAACCUUGACAGUCCCAGUGGCCUCUUUGAAAGUUUAAUCUCACCCAUCAAGACAGAGACUUUUUUCAAGGAAUUCUGGGAGCAGAAGCCCCUUCUUAUCCAGAGAGAUGACCCUGUGCUGGCCACAUAUUACCAGUCCCUGUUCAGGCUCUCAGAUCUGAAGAGUCUGUGCAGCCGGGGUAUGUACUAUGGAAGAGACGUAAAUGUCUGCCGGUGUGUCAAUGGGAAGAAGAAGGUUUUAAAUAAAGAUGGCAAAGUGCACUUUCUUCAGCUGAGAAAAGAUUUUGAUCAGAAAAGGGCAACAAUUCAGUUUCACCAACCUCAGAGAUUUAAGGAUGAGCUUUGGAGGAUCCAGGAGAAGCUGGAGUGCUACUUUGGCUCGUUGGUUGGCUCGAAUGUGUACAUAACCCCUGCGGGUUCUCAGGGCCUGCCGCCCCAUUAUGAUGACGUAGAGGUUUUCAUCCUGCAGCUGGAGGGAGAGAAACACUGGCGCCUGUACCACCCGACAGUGCCCUUGGCGCGGGAGUACAGCUUGGAGGCUGAGGACAGGAUCGGGAGGCCAGCACACGAGUUCACAUUGAAGCCGGGAGACUUGCUGUACUUUCCCAGAGGGACCAUUCACCAGGCGGACACUCCCUCAGGGCUGGCCCACUCCACGCACGUGACCAUCAGCACCUACCAGAGCAGUUCAUGGGGAGAUUUCCUUUUGGACACCAUUUCAGGGCUCGUGUUUGAUACUGCAAAGGCAGACGUAGAGCUACGGGCCGGCAUACCCCGGCAGCUGCUCCUGCAGGUGGAAACCACAGCCGUUGCAACAAGAAAAUUAAGUGGCUUUCUGAGGAUGCUUGCAGACCGGCUGGAAGGCACCAAAGAACUGCUUUCAGCAGACAUGAAGAAGGAUUUUGCUAUGAACAGACUCCCACCUUACUAUUUGGGAGAUGGAGCAGAGCUUUCAACGCCAGGUGGACAGUUACCGGGGUUGGACAGCACUGUGAGGCUGCAAUUUAGAGACCACGUCGUCCUCACUGUAGGACCCGAUCAGGACCCAUCUGAUGAAACUCGAGAGAAGAUGGUUUACGUCUAUCAUUCCUUAAAGAAUAGGAGAGAGACGCACAUGAUGGGAAAUGAGGAAACAGAGUCUCAUGGACUUCGCUUUCCUUUAUCACAUGUCGACGCACUGAAGCAAAUUUGGAACAGUUCAGCUAUUUCUGUCAAGGACCUGAAACUUACUACAGAUGAGGAAAAGCAAAGCCUGCAUCAGUGAUUUCCACUACUCUGUCUUCCAGCUCACUGAUCCGUUUGCCACCUACCUCUUUGAGAGGCUCUCCAAGACCAGCAGGUAGGUCUGGCCCAGGUUAUCAAAUUACUGCUUUUGCCCUGGGCAUUGUGUAUGAGAUUUUGUUUGCACCGUUUAAGAGUGACAUCUCUAUUUUCCCCCGUCCUGUGGGGCUCCCGAAAUUAAGCCCCACUGGCCUUCAAAGCCAAACGCUCUGGGGGAUCGUCUUCCUGGUGCAGGACCCCCAGGCUGGUGAGCCCAAUGUAGGGCUCAGAACCCUCACUCCUUUGGGAGAACCUCUGCAAUAUAAUUAUUCUCCAGGUUUUGGGUCACCCACUCAGGGUAUGUGAUUUGAUUAUAUUGCAAGUCUGUCCCUCCCACUCGUUGUGGUUCCUUCUAUAUGUCUUUAGUUAUAGAAUGUCUUUUCUAGUAGGUUCCAGUCUUUUUCAUCGAUGGUUGUUCUGCAGAUCGUUGUGAUUUUGGUGUGCUUGUGAGAGGAGGUGAGCUCAGGGUCUUUCUAGUGUGCCAUCUUGGCCCCUCCCCAUUUUGCAGUUUAUAUUACUGCUUUGAGUUGGACAUGUUUGUUACCCAACAAAAAUGUAAGCUCCAAGAAGGCCAAAAUCAUGUCUACCCUUAUAUAUCUUCCAAAUUUUUCUGCAUAAUGUCAAACAUUCACCUAUCCAUUUAUACAUUCAUUCCUUUGUUAAACAAAUAGUCCCUGAGUUCCUACAAUGUGCCAGACAUUGUGACACGGUAGAGUAAUAAGCAAAAUAUGCACAGCCCCUGCCUUCAUGGGGCUUCUAGUAGAGUGAGAAAGCACCCAAUCCAACAACAACUAUGUCAUUACAAACUGCAGGCAGUGUCUUGUAGAAAAAGAACCAGGUCUUUAAGGAUGUAGUCUGGAUUUAGAGAGAGAGUAAAAGAGGCUUCCUGGAGAACCUGACACUACAGAUGAACUUAGAAGGAGAAGUAAGAACUAGCCAGGCAAAGAAUGAGGGGAGAAACUUCUAGACAGAGGGCAGAGCCUGUGUUAAGCAUGGGAAAACACUCUGUGCGCUGGUGCAUGUAACAGCCAUGCGUGUGAGUGGGAGAUGAUGAGAGAUGAGGCUGGAGAAGCCAGGGGGAGCCAGAUCACACAGGACACGUUGAAGAGAUUAGACUAUAUCCGAAGCGCAGUGGGAAGCUUUUGAAUAGAAGACUGACAAGCAGUAGGUGUGCAAUAAAUACUUUGUUAAUUAAAUUGCCAGGAUCCAUCUUGAGUAUUACAUAAGUGGGGGGAAAAAGCCAAGUACUUAGGAAGUAAAACUAGUGCACUCUCAGAGUUCAUUCUUCUUUCUACUGCUUGCCACAGAGCUUAUGAUACUUAUUUUCCCAUGAAAUGAUACUUAUUUUCCCAUGAAAAGGCAACAAGGUCAGUAAGACUCCGGACUCAAAGCUAAAACCCAGUGCUGACCUUAGGUACAAUUUUAUGAAUUAGUUAAAAUCUAUAAAAUCCCCAUCCUAAUCAGAUCCUCCUAUAACAUAAAUGGCAGACUAAAUCAAAUGGUCCAUAGUUCAGAUGCUGUGGUUUUUGACCUUUCUACUAA